GUGAGACCUCUUUGUGUUAAACAUAGCGAGAGGAGGAAAUAAACAAAAUAUGGUGGACAAACACACGACCUGUAUCCGUCGUCUGUCGUCUGCUAAAAUAAUAAAGUUAAAUAAAGGGCAAUGAUUUGAUAGCUCGUUGGUGAAAAUGGCACAGAAUAUGGUAAAACAGGGGGCUGAAGCUAGAGUGUAUGAAGGCGAGUUUUUUAGUCGUGCUAUUAUUGUAAAAGAACGUUUUUCGAAGAAAUAUCGACAUCCAAUUCUAGAUGAAAAGCUAACCAAGAAACGGACGACGCAAGAGGUGCGAGCCAUCAUGCGUUGCAAGAAGGCGGGUAUAGCUACUCCUGCUGUUUAUUUUGUAAAUUAUGAGACCAACCAGAUCUUCAUGGAGAAUAUUAAGGAUUCAUUAACAGUGAAAGAUUACAUUCAGAGACUACAGACAGAGGAAGAUGGUGAGGAACACCUAAAAAGGCUUUCAGACAAAAUUGGCAACAUCCUGGCAACUAUGCAUGAUAUUGAUGUAAUCCAUGGCGACUUGACAACUUCUAACAUACUCAUAAAAAGGCCUUUUGAGGACUUGCAUCUUGUACUUAUCGAUUUUGGACUCAGUCAUGUAUCCAAGCUGCUGGAAGAUAAGGGUGUAGAUCUAUAUGUUCUGGAGAGGGCACUUCUAAGUACACAUCCAAAUACAGAAAUAUUUUUUGAGCGUAUACUUCAGAACUAUAGCCAAAAAUCAAAAAAGUCAAAAGAAGUUCUUGUUAAAUUGGAGGAGGUCCGUAUGAGAGGGAGAAAACGCCUAAUGGUUGGAUAAGAUUGAACAGCAGGCAUUCCUAUUUCAAAUCACUAUUGUUCAAAAUUCAAGGGGUUGUGAAAUGAAAAACUACUAAAGAAUGCUCACAGUCUAUGAAAAAUUGUUGCCUGAUGUCAUAUCCUGUAUUAUGCACGUUUUCAGAAUCAGAAAAAUUGUGUAAUUUGAAGAAUUAAAUGCUAUACUAUGUGUUAACAGAAAAAUUGAAAUGUAAGGAGUUUUUUAAUAAACCAAUUGUGAAAUAAUA